UUUUCGUCUGCUUUUUUGGCGUUGACGUUUACUGUCACCGUUUAAUUGAACUGAUUAAUUGCUGAAAAAUGGCAGAACUAUUAUUAGAUUCAAAUAUUCGUAUUUGGGUGUUUUUACCCAUAAUUAUGAUCACUUUCCUUGUGGGUAUUCUUCGCCAUUAUUUCUCCCUCAUCAUAGCCAGCCAAAAGAAAGUCGAGUUGCUCCAAGUCCAAGACAGUCAAGCGCUGGUUCGUUCGAGACUAUUGCGAGAAAAUGGGAAAUUUUUGCCCAAGCAAGCUUUCCUGAUGAGACGGCAUUUUUUCAACAGUGAAGAUAUGGGCUACUUCAAAACUCAGAAACGGGCUGCCCCCACCACCAAUCCCAUGACAGACCCCAAUGCAAUGACUGAUAUGCUGAAGGGAAAUGUUACUAAUGUCCUUCCCAUGAUUAUUAUUGGUGGAUGGAUCAACUGGGCCUUUUCAGGAUUUGUUACAACAAAGGUGCCAUUCCCGCUGACUCUGAGGUUCAAACCAAUGUUGCAGAGAGGAGUUGAACUGGUUUCGCUGGAUGCAUCAUGGGUUUCAUCUGCCUCGUGGUACUUCUUGAAUGUGUUUGGAUUACGAAGCAUCUACUCUCUAGUCCUUGGAGAAAACAAUGCUGCUGACCAGACCAAGGCCAUGGCUGAUCAAAUGUCUGGUGCUGCAAUGGCUAUGCCGCAAGAUCCCAAAGCUGCAUUCAAGGCAGAGUGGGAAUCGCUGGAGAUUGUUCAGCACCAGUGGGCCCUGCGAAAUGUGGAAGCAGAGUUACUUGGCACUACCUCUCACAGCAAGACAGAUUAAGCAUUAUAAUAUUCUAUUAUUUGUCUCUUAAGUGUGGAUUUUGUCCGUGAAUGUAGAAAUAAAUUCUUUUAACUCUAA